UCCCCGCCUCCCGCAGCCUGAGCCACUUCUCCAGGAGCUGAGGCGGAGGCUGAGGCGGCGUUUUCCGUGCCCGCUGCGGUCUAGGUGGCGUUCCUGUCCGGCAACGAGCGGCUGUGCAGCCCCGGCGCCCGCGGGCAAUGGUGGGGCGGAGCGCGCGGACACGAGCGGCCCUGCGGCGGGCAUGAAGGAGGAUGGAAGGACAGGACGAGGUGUCGGCGCGGGAGCAGCACUUCCACAGCCAAGUGCGAGAGUCCACGAUAUGUUUUCUCCUUUUUGCCGUCCUCUACGCCGUUUCCUACUUCAUCAUCACAAGAUACAAGAGAAAAUCAGAUGAACAAGAAGAUGAGGAUGCUGUAGUCAACAGGAUAUCGUUGUUUCUGAGCACCUUCACUCUAGCGGUUUCAGCUGGAGCUGUUUUGCUUUUACCCUUCUCAAUCAUCAGCAAUGAAAUCCUGCUUGCUUUUCCUCAAAACUACUAUAUUCAGUGGCUAAAUGGCUCCUUGAUCCAUGGUUUGUGGAAUCUCGCGUCUUUAUUUUCCAACCUUUGUUUGUUUGUGUUGAUGCCCUUUGCCUUUUUCUUUCUGGAAUCAGAAGGUUUUGCGGGCCUGAAAAAGGGGAUCCGAGCCCGAGUUUUGGAAACUCUGGUCAUGUUGCUGCUUCUUGCAUUGCUGAUUCUUGGGAUGGUGUGGGUGGCUUCUGCCCUGAUUGACAGCGAUGCUGCCAGCAUGGAGUCUUUAUAUGAUCUCUGGGAGUUCUACUUACCGUAUUUAUACUCCUGCAUUUCACUGAUGGGAUGCUUGCUGCUUCUCUUGUGCACCCCAGUUGGCCUUUCCCGUAUGUUCACAGUGAUGGGUCAGUUGCUGGUGAAGCCAGCAAUACUUGAAGACUUGGAUGAACAAAUUUAUGUGAUUACCCUAGAAGAAGAAGCACUCCAGAGAAGACUACAUGGGCUGUCUUCAUCAGUGGAAUACAACGUAAUGGAAUUGGAGAAAGAACUUGAGAAUGUAAAGACCCUUAAGACAAAAUUAGAGAGGCGAAAAAAGGCUUCAGCAUGGGAGAGAAAUCUGGUGUAUCCUGCUGUCAUGGUUCUACUUCUUAUUGAAACAUCCAUUUCGGUCCUCUUGGUGGCGUGUAAUAUUCUUUGCCUACUGGUUGAUGAGACUGCAAUGCCAAAGGGAACAAGGGGGCCUGGGAUAGGAAGCGCCUCUCUCUCCACUUUUGGCUUUGUGGGAGCUGCACUUGAAAUCAUUCUGAUUUUCUAUCUCAUGGUGUCUUCUGUUGUUGGUUUCUAUAGCCUCAGAUUUUUUGGAAACUUUACACCCAAGAAGGAUGACACAACGAUGACAAAGAUCAUUGGGAAUUGUGUGUCAAUCCUAGUCUUGAGCUCUGCUCUGCCUGUGAUGUCAAGAACACUGGGAAUCACUAGAUUUGAUCUACUUGGAGACUUUGGAAGAUUUAAUUGGCUGGGAAAUUUCUAUAUUGUAUUAUCCUACAAUUUACUCUUUGCCAUUGUGACAACAUUGUGUUUGGUCAGAAAAUUCACGUCAGCUGUACGAGAAGAACUUUUCAAGGCCCUAGGACUUCACAAGCUUCACUUGUCAGAUACCUCAAGAGAUUCAGAAACUGCAAAGCCUUCUGCAAAUGGUCAUCAGAAAGCAUUGUGAGACCCGACUGCCUCGGCAGCAUUCUGCAGCAAGUCCCCCGACGACUCCUGACAUUCCCACAGACACUCAUCAGCUUGUGGUGGGGUCUGGGCUGCCUGCCAGUGCCACCUUCUCACCAGCACGAGAACUUGGCAUUGCUGAUCAGUUUCUCCUUUGACUUUUCUGAUUGACCUUAGAGCUUUUGGUUAAACCCUGAGUCUUAGAGACUGGGGAAAGGUUGUAUGUCUACAGCAGGGAGCCAUCUGGAUGAGCGGUGAAGAUGUGCAGAGAAGCCGACUUGGACUUUCUUAUGCUUUGCUUUAUGCCAUGAGACGUUUGGGCCUUCAGGCGGAAGCCUACCUGGAAGUUGCCUAGUAGCCCAAAACAUUUUCAGAAAGUCCUGAAAACUUAUGUACUAGUAGCAAACUACAUUUUUUAUUUCCUUAAAAAACCAAAAGCAGAGUUUCUGAUUCAUGUUACAGAAUCUUCAUUAGACUUUGGGCCAGUGGGAAAAUACUUGGUUCCUUCCAAACUUGAGCCUUGGUGGGAAGCCCCAAGGCUAUCUUUUUGUAGUAAGCAUCAGUAAGAAGCACAUGUGAUUGUAGAUUUGGACAUUUGUGUGUAUACACCUGAUAAUACUUCUCACAGCACGGGGCCAGUGUUGUACACACUUGUAACUUAGACUUUGCCUUAUAGGCCAUAUGUAUAUUCACUUUUUAAAACCUUUUUUAAAAAACUACUUCACUCCUGUGCUUGUUGUGCCUGUGAAACCCAUAGACAGAAAUUGCUUCCUUUUUAUGUCUCAGGCUUUGGUGACCUUCAUAUACACCACCUUAAGUCUUCACCUCAGGAAAGUUACCAGGGUGAUACCCAGAACUUAAAGGUCAUAGAAGGGCAGACACAGUGGAAUAUGAGCUCAUAAUUAUUCAGUUGUUUAGUUGUACGUGAUUGUUGGGAUGGUUUCUUAACUCUUGAGUUCCUGACUAAAAACAUGAGUGCAUGCUGUUGCUGUCCCUAGGUAGCACACAGGUCACAGAAAUAUAAUGGUGCUUACAUGCACGGUGUGAAUGACAAAACAGGAUUUGUAUUCAGAAAAAAGUAAAACACUUCUUUUUCCCUCAAAUUGUUGAAUUUAGUUUCUUUUGGAGAAAUUUACGAAAAACAGGAUGUAUCUGAAAUAACUUUUUAUUAAAUAGAAAAACCAGAAAAUUGAGCUGUACUUUUACAAGCCAUUGAGUACACUUCUUCCAUUACAUCAUUACCAUUCUCUGAUUCCUUAGUCUGAAGGAGAAGGAGCAUUGGUGCUGUGUCUCUGAAGGACUCAGUGCAUGCCUUCAGCGAGUCCUGGUAGAUUCCUGAGUGUGAGGUCUUGCACUAGCACAAUGCAAGUCAGCUGCCUUCAAAUUUCUGUGAUCAUUAUUGUAGUUAAUGUCAGGCUCUGCUUUUUAUUGAAACUUGAAAUCCGUCCUCUGGGAAGACCAAGUGAAGGAGAGAUCAGAGAACAGUUCUCCACUGCAGUCACUUUCAGUGCGCACCAUUUGCCGAUUCAUCCAAACACAGAGCUCCUGGCUAAUCUGUAAGGUAAGGUGUCUGGAAAUUUUAUAAAAUAUUAAACUUUUCAGUAUGUCUCAACUUUAAUUUUCUUAAUGUUCCCCUGUGUGUAUGUCUCCCUGUGUGUAUCUAUGUGUCUGUGUCUGAGGACAGCUUUCAGGAGACAUUUCUUUCCUUUCACCAUGUGUACAUGAUUGCAUUCAGGUACCUUUACCUGAUGAGCCAUCUCACUGGCCAGUCUCAACUUCUUGUUCACUUGGACAUUCUUAAUCUGAAGAUGAGCCAGGCUUGGGUGACUACACUUAGUCAGAUAUAUGAUGAAUUUUAAAUACUGACUGGAGACAUUUGCUGAUGAGAUGAAAAAUGGGCUUCAAGGGUUGCCUCAUCUUGAAUCUCAGGCCCUCCAUGGUUAUCUGCUGUGUGGUCACCACCCUUUGAAGGUCAGUGGUCACUCAUUCAUCUAGUGUGAGGGACUGAGUCCAGGUGCAGUCACUGCAUUGGGCUUGUGCUGGAGGCUGACCGGUAUAGAACUUCACAUGGACAGCAGCACGCAGAGGCUUCCCGUUCUAAGUUCAUGAAGGCAGGCACACUUAGGAGUCUCAUGUUGCAGUUGUGUGUGACAGAGAAUGCAUAAAGCUCUGCAAACAAGUGCUCCCAUCCACACCCGUCAUGGUGCUUUCUGCGUUUUGACCGGAUGGGGCUGCACCAAUGACUCUGUUAUAUAGUCCUUUUAUUCUCUCACUUUGACUUUCCUCUUCAAAGGGCAUGAAGCUGGGCAUGGCAUUGCAUGCCUUCAUCCUAACACUCAGGAGGCAGAGGCAGGAGGAACCCUAUGAAUUUGGAGUUAGCCUAGUUUACUUAGUGAAUUCCAGGCAAGCCAGGGCUACCUGGUGAGAUGUUAUCUCAAAAACAAAAACGAAAGAACAUUAACAAAAAGAGCACAAGGGUUGAGGGUAGAGUGACUGGAGAGAUGGCUCAGCCGUGAAGAGCACUGGCUGCUCUUUCAGAGGACUCAGAUUUGGUUCCCAUAACCCACAUGGUGGCUCACAGUCACCAGUGACUCUAGUCCCAGUGGGGAUUCAACACCCUUUUCAGGCCUCCAUGGGACUGCAGGCAUGUGGUGUAGGAAAAACACACCUAUACAAAAAAAUAAUACAAUUUAAACAAGAGAGCAUGAGGCACUGUAUAGAUCUUGUUGGGGGGAUAUAGUAGAUUCUUACAAUUAAUUGGGUUUGUGAUAUUUAAUCAAUUAUUAUAGUUACAAAUUUUGUAGAUUGUAACAUUGCUCUUUACUGAUUUUCUAGCAUAUAUUUUAGAUCUCUCUCUAAUCAUCUGCCUGUCUCUAUAUCUGUCUGUCUGUCUGUCUAUCCUUCCUAUGUAAAAUAAGGUAUAAUCUGAGACCCUGGGUGAAGUUGUCCAUACACACACUAUUAGCUCCUUCAGUCAUACUUCUGUGGGGCUGACUGGUAAGUCAGAUGAAUCUAUUGGGUCUGCUUCUCACAGUCUCUGGGGCUGUGUGCUUCUAUUCAUGGUGGCAGCAGCAAUUGCUGCCACCGCCGCUUUGGCCAAAUGUAGUAGGUUGUUCCUGUAGGCCAGACUUCAUUGGUUCUAGUCUGUGUGAUGCUUGUGGUUGGCACAGUAUUUAAUGCACAUAGGCAGAAUUGUUAUAGGAUCUUUAAAUAUGUGAACAUAAAUACAACACUGAUUUUAAACUUCAGCAAACUGGUGUGAUACUUUUCAAAUGUCUAGACACUGGUGAAUUUUUGUUAUAGAUUGUUUUUAAAUUUUAUGUUAGUCUUGUUUCUAUAAGGUACUUUUACUGUGAGUUAAAAAUUCUUAGAAAUUAAAGUUCUGCAAAAAGCUAUCCUAUACUUGGUUUAUAAGUCACUAUACAUAUAAAUAUAUACUUAAUUUAUGUUUAUUU